CGAAGCCCCGCCCCGCCCUGCGUUUCCUCUCUUUCCCUGGACGUUCUGUGAGGCUGCGAGCGAAGCCAUCCGCUGUUGUUGUCAGUGCCUCUCUCCCUCUCCCUCUCUCUCUCUCUCAUCCCCGGCGCGAGGAGGCAGGAAGAAGCGCGAGCGCCGUCCGUCCGUUGGGCGCGCGAGCCGGGCAGCCGCGGAAGCACAGACACACACACACGCAGGCAGGCGCGCGCGCGCUCAGGAAACGACCGCGAGCCCUCACCGCCUUCUUUUUCUCAAUUACUCUAUUCAUUAUUUUUGUAAUUGUGGGCUGAGGAGAAGGAGGAGGAAGAGGAAGAAGAGGAGGCCACUCUGCGGCUGCCCUGGCCGAGGAAGAGACCUUGUCCAUGAGGGGAGAGAAGCCCCAGGCCGCGGCUGCCGACCUCGGGAGAAAUAAGGGAAGAAGAAUGCAAAGCUGCCCUCAGAACUGGAUAUGGAAAUAUCAGUAAAUGAACCUUCAAAUUACUUGAAGAAAAAUUGAAAAUUCAUAAGAAAAGCAUAGAUGAGAUGAUACCUCUGGAGAGGGCACUGCCAAAGGUGCCUUUGGCAGUGAAAAUGGGUGGAGCAUCUCAUGUUCUUAUAUGAGAAGAUACCAGUUUCCAAAAGCUUCAAUAUUUAUACUUGGAGAAGCAUGGCUGGUUUCAAACGAGGUUAUGAUGGAAAAAUUGCUGGAUUAUAUGAUUUGGAUAAAACCUUAGGUAGAGGGCAUUUUGCUGUUGUCAAACUUGCUAGACAUGUAUUUACAGGUGAAAAAGUAGCAGUGAAAGUAAUUGACAAGACCAAGCUAGAUACUCUGGCCACAGGACAUCUCUUCCAAGAAGUUAGAUGCAUGAAACUAGUGCAGCAUCCUAAUAUUGUUCGUCUGUAUGAAGUUAUUGACACUCAGACCAAACUUUACCUGAUAUUAGAACUUGGUGAUGGAGGAGAUAUGUUUGAUUACAUCAUGAAACAUGAAGAUGGUCUUAAUGAAGACCUGGCAAAGAAGUACUUUGCUCAGAUUGUUCAUGCAAUAUCCUACUGUCAUAAACUGCAUGUAGUUCACAGAGACUUAAAACCAGAGAAUGUUGUGUUCUUUGAAAAGCAAGGACUUGUGAAAUUGACUGAUUUUGGCUUCAGUAACAAAUUUCAACCUGGGAAGAAACUCACUACAAGUUGUGGAUCCCUUGCAUAUUCUGCUCCUGAGAUUCUGCUUGGGGAUGAAUAUGAUGCACCUGCUGUGGAUAUAUGGAGCUUGGGUGUUAUUCUUUACAUGUUGGUGUGUGGACAACCACCCUUUCAAGAAGCAAAUGACAGUGAAACUUUGACUAUGAUAAUGGACUGUAAAUACACAGUGCCAUCUCGUGUGUCUAAAGAGUGUAAAGAUUUAAUUACACGAAUGCUGCAAAGAGACCCAAAACGAAGAGCAUCUUUAGAAGAAAUUGAAAACCAUCCCUGGUUACAGGGAGUUGAUCCAUCACCUGCAACAAAAUAUAACAUUCCUCUAGUGUCAUACAAAAACCUUUCAGAGGAAGAACACAACGGCAUAAUACAGCGAAUGGUUCUGGGAGACAUCGCAGACAGAGAUACCAUAGUCGAGGCCCUGGAAACUAACAAAUACAAUCACAUCACUGCUACCUACUUCUUACUGGCAGAGCGGAUUUUGAGAGAGAAACAGGAAAAAGAAAUACAAACCAGAUCAGCAAGCCCAAGCAAUAUCAAAGCUCAGUUUAGGCAAUCAUGGCCAACAAAAAUUGAUGUUCCUCAAGACCUAGAUGAUGACCUGACAGCUUCUCCUCUGUCCCAUGGAGCAGUUCCUCAGUCUCCCGCUCGCACUGCUGAAAAUGUUCUUAAUGGUCACAGGAGUAAAGCACUUAAUGACUCAUCAAAGAAAGAAGAUAUUCCUGAUUUAGCUGGACCAGCACUUUCUGUUGUUCCCUCAGUAAGCCUAAAACCUACAACUAGUGGUCGGAAGUGUUUGUUUAGAGUCGAAGAAGAUGAGGAGGAGGAUGAAGAAGAUAAAAAAUCAGUUUCCCUUUCAACUCAAGUUGUUUUACGACGGAAACCUUCAGUUACAAACCGUCUUACUUCCCGGAAAAGUGCUCCAGUCCUUAAUCAGAUCUUUGAGGAAGGGGAAUCUGAUGAUGAGUUUGAUAUGGAUGAGAAUUUGCCACCCAAACUUAGCAGGCUAAAGAUGAAUAUUGCAUCGCCCAGCACUGUGCAUAAACGUUAUCAUAGAAGGAAAAGCCAGGGUCGGGGAUCAAGUUGCAGUAGCUCUGAGACAAGCGACGAUGAUUCAGAAAGUCGGAGACGCCUCGAUAAAGACAGUGGCUUCACGUAUUCCUGGCACAGACGGGAUAGUAGUGAAGGCCCACCUGGCAAUCAGGGAGAUGGCAGUGGACAAGGAAAACCAAGCAAUGGAAAUGGAGGGGUUGACAAAAGCAGCCCCGGUGAUAACAGUAAAGGGGGUGGAAGUCCUUCUGGCAGCUCUGGGGGAAGCACGAAUAACAAUUCAGGUUCUACCCGCAGGUGUGCUGGGUCUGGUAAUUCCAUGCAGUUGUCUUCAAGAAGUGCAGGUGACCUGGUUGAAAGCCUCAAAUUGAUGAGCCUCUGCUUGGGGUCACAGAUUCACAGUAGCACGAAAUAUAUUAUUGAUCCACAAAGCGCCAUCUCGUUUUCCAGUGUUAAAGUGCAAGAGAAAUCAACGUGGAAAAUGUGUAUAAGUUCCGCUGCAAAUGUCAAUCCAGUUUCAUCUUUAGGCAGCAUAAAAUUCUUUUCUGACCAAAUGUCAGACACUGCAAAUGAAUUGGAACGAAUAAAAAGCAAGAACUUGAAAAAUAAUGUGCUACAACUACCUCUGUGUGAAAAAACAAUAUCUGUGAAUAUUCAGCGAAAUCCGAAGGAGGGGCUCCUGUGUACCUCUGGUCAAACGACUUGCUGUCAUGUUGUUUGACAAUAAUUGGACGAAACCCGUUCUACUUGAUAACGUCAAUCUUCCUCUUCAGAGCUGUGAAUACUUUAUUUCACUGAAACCCUUACAAUUGUCUUAAAUAUUUUAAAACGGGCUUUAAGCAGUAAUUUAUUACAUUUUCAUUUAGUUUUGCUUGAUAUGACAAUGCAUGAUUUUGUGCAUGCUGCUAGCCAAUACUCCCCCCCCCCAAUCAAACCAGAAUUUGUGUAACUUUUUUACAUUGACAAUUUUAGUAUAGAAAAAUCUGGAUUACAGUAAGACAUGUGUCCAAAUAUCCAGUGUAAAUGAAGCACUUAAUAGUUUCACAUUCUGCACUUAAAGAGAGAGAGAGCUUUUGUUUCUUUGUGAAAUGUACAGUCUUGUUCUGAUCUUAUAUGUUACCUAAACUAUGUGAGAUGUGGCAUAAUUCUGUGUGUUUGCAACAGAACCAAAGCAAUAAUGUUUUGACCCUGAAAACUCUUUUGAGAGGUUUCAGAUUUCCAAGGCUUGUACAAAGCAAAAAUGCACUGAAAAUUAAGAAGUCUUGAACUAUGAUUUUUAAUCCCACGUCUUUGUCUUAAACUAAUAGUAUGCAUGAAAUGGUGGCUGAACCGAAGAUCUUGCUUUGAUACAGACAAGGUUUUGAAAAAAAGAAAAAAAUCUUUAUGGCAGCUUUUCCCCAUAAAAAUAUUGUUCCAUGCAGACAAUCUUUUAAAAACAAUAUAAUGAAGUCAGAUUAUGAAGUGAUUUGCUCAGACUUUUUCCCAAUCUGAAGGAAAAUACAUUCAUUUUGGUGUAUAUCAUGGCAAUUGUUUGGUAUGAUACAAGCCACUUUAGUGGACCAAUUUGUGUGGCUGUUGGAGAUUUAUUUGAGGAACCCAGUUCCUGUAAAUUAUAAAUACAUUAAAAGACUUAACAAAAUGUGCAUCUUCUAAGUCUGUUUUCCACCCUGCCCUUUAGCAUUUGACAGUCUGUUUCCAAUAUUAACAGAAACUUUCCAGAGUGUCGACUACUUUAAGAAUUCCUUUCUGAGCUAGCAUUUUGACUCCUCUUUUUCAUUACCACCAUGUAAGCAAAUGAAUGGGCAUUCAAAAAUAGUGUCUGUUACUCUGGUGUAGUGGUUUCUUUAAAAAUGCUUCAAAAGCAUAACUAUUUUUAAUUAUCAACCAGGUAUUUUAACUGAAGUUAUAAAGAAAAGAAGCUGUUGCUGCAAUUGGAAUAGAAAACAGUCUGCUUAGAUAAGCAGAGAACCUAAAUUGGAGUGCAUUAUCAUUAUAUGAUGUAACUGUACUCUAUAGGUAUAAAAAUGUAUCAAAAAUAAAUUAAUUCAAAAUUCAAGAAAUUGUGUUACUAUCAAACUUGGUUUGAGGUACAAAAAUAUCUUUUUAAAUUCCCUUCCAUAACUCUCUCUCCAAAUGAAAUCAGAUAACACAAGAUCAAUUUCCUUUAACAUUUUUGUUACUAUUUGCUCUUUUCUUUUUAAACCCUUGAUACCGAAAAGCCAGCAGACGGAUGUGCUGGCACUUUUUCCUGUACAAAGGAAUACUGUUGACCAGAUGAACUAACUUUUGUGAACUUUUAUCUAGAGUAAAAUAUAUUGCAGAUUCCCCAUUUGGGGAAUGGCUAGAAUGUUAUUUUUACAUGCGCUGUGCACUGGGUCUUCAAAACAAUGCUGGUAAGAAUCAAUGGUGUUAUGUAGCAACAACCCAGACAGGCACUGACUGACAGAGUUUACAUAGCUUAGUGCGUUAAUGCUAGCGAAUGGUCAAGUAGAAUGCAUUUCAUGUACACCGUAGACUGUAGAGCACCAAAGAACUGUUACAUUUGGUCAUGUUUUGUUGUUCACACUGGCUUUUAUUGUUGAUGAUGUUUUGUAAAUUUAGCUAAAGAUGUAUUUCCUUGGACACAAGUCCCAGUAAAUUUAGCAAGGCUUACUUCCAGAUAGUAGGCUCGUGCAAAAUAUUUGAAUAUCUAGCCUAGUUGUGGCUUAAUACCUUUCCAACUCCCAAAAGUAGCAAGGCAUUAGUAAAUCGUUUUAUCUUUAUCUUCUAAAUGACUUUAGCCGUUUAGUUCAAAAACAACGUAUCAUGCUAUGCCAAUUUGAUACAUGCAAGUUAUAAGAACAUGUGUAGGCGAAGCCAUGGAACAUAUGUGCUUGAAAUUUUCUUGAGCAGGGAUCUUACAAAGGGCCAGAAAUAUGGAUAGUUCACCGAAGACAGUGAACUGUGCGUCUAUAUAAAAAGUAGGAGAAAGUUUAUAAAGGGCAUUGGCAAUAAACGUUGCAGCUUUUUGUUUUCAAGUAUUGUAAAUAUUCUUUCCAUGCAUUAUUAUGUACAGCCUUGGAAUGAUAACUUUUGACUAACCCAGGGUGGGUUUUUUGUUUCCUCUGUUUUUGUAUACAAAUCUGUGUGCGUGUGUAUGCGUGUGUAUAUACAUAUAUAUAUGUAUAUAUAUACAUAUGGUGCUCACUUUAGAACAGCAGUGUUGACCAUUAUGCUGCAUAGCUGUAAAAUAGCCUUAUUUAGUUGUGUAUGGUUGGGUGAACCUCUGGUUGUACAGAUGUUAGCUUGAGUGUCGUCUUUUUAUCCAUUUGUUCACAGGUGAAUGAUUGUGCAUGUGAUGUAUGUUGUAUUACGUUGUCAUGUUAAAAGGAGGGAGAGAAUAACCACUACAUUGAAAUAUAUUGGACCAAACUAUUAUAGAGCAAGUAACAGUUUCUUGUACCCCUUAAAUCUGUCUUUACAAGUUGCAUAUAGUACCGUAGCAUAUAAAUUUAAUAUUGUGGAAAGCAACUAGUCUUGUAUUUUUCUGUAUUUGUAUAUAAUGUACCUCUAGCAACGUAUCUGUAUUUAAGAUGUGACAAUCUUGACACAGAUUUUACAAGUAGCAGUGCAGUUAAGCAGAACAGAGUAGAGAAGCUACACGUGUUAAGGAGGGUACAGAAAUACCAGUUGAUCUUUGUCGGUUGGUUCCAGAGAUGUUUGGCUUUCUUCAUUGUAUAAACAUACAUGGUGUGUGACAACUGAAACAAAAUCCAGUUAAUAAAAUGAUCUCUUGAUUGGUGCACAAA